AUGAAUCUCGAGAGUGGCUCAGAGGAUUCCGCGCGGUCAAAAGAUAAGAGAUUACCACCACUGCCUUUGAGCGCCUACAACAAAAACCAAACUAACCUUCACACAACCACAACAUCUAAACCAGUAACUCCUACUGACAAUAUUACGCACCAUGCAUACACUGAUGAUGCAGAAAUUUUAGAAAAAAAGACGUUAAAUAGAAAGAAUUUCAAACACUUGUCCCUAUCUUCGCCAAUAUCCCAGACUGAAGUCAAGCAUGAUGAGCUGCAUUUGAUACGGGAGCCUACAUCAAUGAAAAGAAGACAACGACCAGCACCUAUCCUCAAUCUACCGAGCACAUACACGUCAUCGCAACCAGAACUCACACAUAAACGUCCUGUGAUGGCGCAACAAGCAACUGCACCGGCAAUAUUGGCAGAUUCAAAGCAAUCUCCGCUGAAUGCUGUUGUAACCCAAACGCUUAGUAGACCCAAUAGUGCAGGACUAGCCAAUUAUGAUUUCAAUGGCAGCAAUAGGAACGUUGACCCUGAAACUCAAGCCUCAACAGAAAUGCUCCUCAAUCAAAUGUCCCAGCUUGAACUAAAUCGACCGGAUUCCCAACGCAGUAAAUCAACCAAUGACACUUCUGGGCGUAAACGUCAAACUGUUAUAUCCUCCAUCUCCCCUACAAAGAUGUCUGGUCAACAAGCAGAAUCAAAAGUCCAGUUAGUGGACACCUUGAAUGAGACACAGUCACCCAUUGCAACUACAAGUAAACUCAAACUACGCAACAAAGACUUGUUAACUUUAAAACAGUUAGGUCUGGGGAAUUCAGGCUCCGUUUCCAAAGUGUUGCAUAUCCCAUCGCAGAAAACAAUGGCGAAGAAGGUAAUUCAUGUUGAUCUGAAAAGUGUAAUUCAAACACAAAUCAUUCGAGAGCUACGAAUACUACAUGAAUGUCAAUCUCCGUAUAUAAUUGAGUUUUAUGGUGCAUUCUUGAACAGUAAUAAUACCAUAGUUAUAUGUAUGGAGUAUUGCAAUUGUGGUUCAUUAGACAAAAUCUUGUCGUUAUGUGAAAAUCGACAAUUUCCCCUUUACGUUUUGAAGAAGCUAUCAUUUGCCAUAUUAUCUGGAUUAUCCUAUCUUUACAACAAGCACAAGAUAAUUCAUCGUGAUAUCAAGCCCAACAAUGUUUUGAUGACCCAUCGAGGUGAAUUCAAAUUGUGUGAUUUUGGAGUUUCCAGAGAACUUACAAACUCACUAGCAAUGGCAGAUACAUUUGUCGGGACUUCAAUGUACAUGUCUCCCGAAAGAAUACAGGGAUUAAAUUACGGCGUCAAGUCCGAUGUAUGGUCCAUGGGGUUAAUGUUGAUUGAAUUAGCCAGUGGUCUUCCAGUUUGGGCCGAUGACUAUGAUGAUGAAAAUGGAAGUAGUGCUUACAAUAGUUUGAAAAGUGAUAUUAGCAACAAUUCAUUUAGAGGUCCAGAAGGAAUAUUGGACUUAUUACAACGAAUAGUGAAUGAGAAACCACCCAGUUUGAAAAACAAAAUUAACCCAGUGACCAGAUCACGAUACGAUCCAUUGCUCUGUGAGUUUAUCGAUUCUUGUUUGAUUAAAAGUGAUUCAGAGAGGAAAACACCCUGGCAGUUGUUAGAAGAUAAACAAGGCUUUUUACAAGGUGUGGAGGAAGGUAUUUAUGAUCAAAAUCAUAAAUCUUGGGCUAAACAAAUUCGAAAACUAAACAAGGAGGCUAAUGAAGCUGACAAAUAA